UAUCCAGACAAUUUUCCUUGUGCACAAUCAGAUUGACAAGAUCUGCUGUAUUUAGGGCAGCUGAGUGGCAGUUUUAUUAUAUUUGCUGCGAACCGUGGGAUAAUUUGUUUCAACCGGAACCUUUGUGCGGGAGAUUGUGGGUGGGCGAACAGUCCGGUGGUGACUCGGGAAGAUGGAGGUGUCAGAGGAAGAAGCUAUUCGUGAGUUCGUGACAGUAACAGGAGUUGAGGAGGAGCGGGCUCGCUUCUACCUGGAGUCUGCGGACUGGGACCUGCAGCUUGCCCUGGGCAGCUUUUAUGAAGAAGGUGGUGACGAUGAUGUGAUAACUCUUCCACAACCUGAACCCAGUACAGGUUCGAGAACGGUAGCACAAAGCGAUGCCAGAGUAACCUCAUUCAGAGAUUUAUGGCAUGAAGAGAAAGAUGACGAAGAUGACGAGGGCCAAAGAUUUUAUGCUGGUGGAUCUGAAAGAAGUGGACAGCAAAUCGUUGGUCCUCCAAAAAAGAAGAAUUCCAAUGAAUUAGUAGAAGAUCUGUUUAAAGGGGCAAAAGAGCAUGGUGCAGUUGCUGUCGAACGAACUGGCAAGAGUCCUGGAGAAUCCAGCAAGUCUAAACCAUUUGGUGGUGGUGGAUAUCGUUUAGGAGCAACUGAAGGAGAACAAUCUGCAUAUGUUACUGGAGAAAGGAGACCAGAGACAGCACAAGAUGUGAGUUUUCAAAGAAGGUGCAUUCUGGCUUUAGUGUAA